CGAGAAUUUGCGAUUAAUAACGAAAGAACUUUUCGUUUGUCAAUGUCUUACUAUACAUAUCAUCAUGCUGCUACGUUGGUCUACUAAAAUAACAUUUCACUUUUGAAUUCCAUCUGCAGAAGAAACUCAAACAAUAAUCUUUAGCAGGGCGAACCCAAAUCCUCUGAAACCUUUAAGGCUCACAAACCCUAUCACUUCAUCAACUCUACAAAUCUUCAUCAUCAUAUUUCAAGGUGGAUGUUCAUACUCUGUAAUUUCGUUGUUUCAUACUUCAUUUCAAAUUUCUCAUCCUUCAGGAUCAAAUAGUCAGCGAAUUUUGUGCACUAAUCACUGGACUUAUGGUACUCCCCUCCAAAGACGCAUUGACUUGAGCAACUUUUAUCACCAUGGGAAUCAUUCGCCACAGUGGGACUUUUAAAAAGACAAAUGAUAGUGCCAGGCUUAUCAUAACGACAAUCAUGGGAAUGGUGUUUGGAUAUUUUAUAGGCAUUUCCUUUCCGAUUGUUGCAUUAACUAAGAUUAACUUACCCUCAAGCUUUAUAUCAUCAACUGAUGUAGCCUCUGGCGAUGACCAGCCACUACAUACUAAUCUUAGUUUCCCUGAGAACCAUAUUUCUGGUGGUUCUCUGGUAACACCCAAGAUAUAUGUACCAACCAAUCCUCAUGGUGCAGAGUCACUCCCACCAGGAAUUGUAGUUGCAGAAUCAGAUUUUUAUUUGCGUCGAUUAUGGGGUGAACCAAGUGAGGAUUUAAAAAGGAAGCCAAAGUACCUGGUGACCUUCACAGUUGGUUUGGAACAAAAGAACAAUAUUGAUGCGUCAGUUAAAAAGUUCUCUGAGGAUUUCCAGAUUAUGCUUUUUCACUAUGAUGGUCAUACCAGUGAAUGGGAUCAGUUUGAUUGGUCAAGACGUGCAAUACAUGUCAGUGUUAGCAAGCAAACAAAGUGGUGGUAUGCGAAGCGUUUUUUGCAUCCUGAUGUUGUAGCAGCUUAUGAUUAUAUAUUUGUUUGGGAUGAAGAUCUUGGAGUGGAGCACUUCAAUCCUGUGAAAUAUAUUCAGUUAGUGAGGGAGCAUGGUUUAGAGAUAUCUCAGCCUGGCCUGGAGCCAAACCAUGGAUUGACGUGGCAAAUGACAAAAAGGAGAGGAGACAGUGAAGUCCACAAGGUGACAGAUGAGAAACCAGGGUGGUGCAGUGAUCCACACCUGCCUCCAUGUGCAGCAUUUGUGGAAAUCAUGGCUCCUGUUUUCUCACGAGAAGCAUGGAGAUGUGUUUGGCAUAUGAUUCAGAAUGACCUGGUGCAUGGAUGGGGGUUGGAUUUUGCUCUCAGAAGAUGUGUAGAGCCUGCUCAUGAAAAGAUUGGCGUAGUUGACUCACAAUGGAUCGUGCAUCAAGUUAUUCCCUCUCUUGGGAAUCAGGGGCAGUCCAAGGAUGGUAAAUCUCCUGGGCAAGUGGUAAGGGAGCGGUGUAAAAGCGAGUGGGCAAUGUUCCAAGAUCGCCUUGCAAAGGCAGACAAGCAGUAUUUUGCAAAGCUUGGUACAACUUUGCGUUAGAAGAACUAUAGAGAGUAUUGAAUACAAUACUUCUAAUCAUCAGCACAUUUUGUACAGUGCUUUUUUCUACCACCUCUUUUUUCUUCAUUACCAUCUUUGCUGCUUUGGAGUUGCUCAAAUUUCAUGUUUUGUUGUUUUCUAUUUUCCCUCUGUGUGGGGGUGGGGGGUGGGGGGGCUCAGCCGCUCUCCACUCAGCAGAGUAUAGGAGCAUUAUAUAUGGGCCAUAGGAAUUAUAAUGCCUGUGCAUAGUUCUGGUUUGGCGUUUUUUAUGCUCCCCGUUUUAUCAAUGCUCAUAGUUCAAUUCAAACUCUGAAUUGGGAGAGAUAUGAAAUUGAAAAAAUAUUAUACCAUUUGAAAGAAAGAUUGAGGUAUAAAAAUUUAACACACUGAAUUGUGUGAUCAUUGUU